CUUUCUUGUAAAUUAUUUGUUUCCUGUAGUUUUUUUUUUCUCCCAGCUUCUGCUUCUACUUUUCUGUUUUGAAGUAUUCUUAAUUUCCCAACUUACGCUCUUAUUUUGAUUUUGUUUAUCUUUUAGCCAAGAUUUUUUAUUUUUUCGAUAAUAUAUAAAACUUAAGCUGUCAGAAUCAUAUUAGACUGUCAACUUUUGUUUGUACCCCUUGAAAAGAAUGAAGGAGAGUGGUCGAAAACAUGGUGCACUUUCGCCAUGCGCAGCAUGCAAGCUUCUAAGAAGAAGAUGUGCUCAAGACUGUGUGUUUGCUCCUUAUUUUCCAGCUGAUGAGCCUCAGAAGUUUGCCAGUGUGCACAAGGUCUUUGGGGCUAGCAAUGUCAACAAAAUGUUACAGGAAUUACCCGAGCACCAACGAAGAGAUGCGGUAAGUUCCAUGGUUUAUGAAGCAAAUGCAAGGGUUCGUGACCCAGUUUAUGGUUGUGUAGGAGCCAUAUCAUCUUUGCAGCAACAAAUUAAUUCUUUACAAACCCAAUUAGCGGUUGCACAAGCUGAGGUAGUGCACAUGAGAAUGCGGGAGUUCACUUCUUCCUCUAAUACAGGAGCCAUGGACAUGGCGGUUAAUCAGGACAAUAUGGGGGAGUCUUUGUGGUCAUGCUAGCUUUUAUCUAGCAUGCCUGCCUUAUCUUUAUUCCUACAUACUUAUUGACUAGCAUGAGCUUGCUUGCUUUAUUGUCUGCCUUUAUCAUAGUCUUUUUUUUUUUUUCUUUACAUCUUGAUAGCACAUCUCCACCUGACCAACGGACGUUGGUGAUAAUGUUCAUUAUCCAUAUUGUAAAUAUUUCCAGACAUAUAAUCAUGAAUCACCAUAUAUGUUAGUACUAGUGUAGUUCAAUCUUUUUACAGGA